AUGGAUGGUCUGAACCAGUAUCUGUGGGUUAGAGACCUCAUGAAUGGUCUUAACCAGUAUCUGUGGGUUAGAGACCUCAUGAAUGGUCUGAACCAGUGUCUGUGGGUUAGAGACCUCAUGAAUGGUCUGAACCAGUAUCUGUGGGUUAGAGACAUCAUGGUCUGAACCAGUAUCUGUGGGUUAGAGACCUCAUGGAUGGUCUGAACCAGUAUCUGUGGGUUAGAGACCUCAUGAAUGGUCUUAACCAGUAUCUGUGGGUUAGAGACCUCAUGAAUGGUCUGAACCGGUAUCUGUGUGUUAGAGACCUCCAUGAAUGGUCUGAACCAGUAUCUGUGGGUUAGAGACCUCAUAAAUGGUCUGAACCAGUAUCUGUGGGUUAGAGACCCCAUGAAUGGUCUGAACCAGUAUCUGUGGGUUAGAGACCUCAUGAUUGGUCUGAACCAGUAUCUGUGUGUUAGAGACAUCAUGGUCUGAACCAGUAUCUGUGGGUUAGAGACCUCAUGGUCUGAACCAGUAUCUGUGGGUUAGAGACCCCAUGAAUGGUCUGAACCAGUAUCUGUGGGUUAGAGACCUCAUGAAUGGUCUGAACCAGUAUCUGUGGGUUAGAGACAUCAUGGUCUGAACCAGUAUCUGUGGGUUAGAGACAUCAUGAAUGGUCUGAACCAGUAUCUCUGUGUUAGAGACAUCAUGGUCUGAACCAGUAUCUGUGGGUUAGAGACCCCAUGAAUGGUCUGAACCAGUAUCUGUGGGUUAGAGACCUCAUAAAUGGUCUGAACCAGUAUCUGUGGGUUAGAGACCUCAUGAAUGGUCUGAACCAGUAUCUGUGUGUUAGAGACAUCAUGGUCUGA